AUGAGUACCAAUGAUCGAAUCCCAUCCAAUUUACCGAUUCUUGAUUCGAAGAAUUACGACAAGUGGUCUAAGCAAAUGAAGGUCUUGUUUGGAUAUCAAGAAGUUCUCGAUAUCGUCAACAAUGGAGUCACACCUCUUGGGGCUGAACCUACAGCUGCACAUCAAGCCACCUUCAGGGAAGAGAAGAAGAAAGAUUACAAAGCUCUCUUCUUGAUACACUCUUGCGUCGAUGGUGAUAACUUCGAAAAGGUCGGUGAUUGCGAGUCCGCGAGGCAAGCUUGGUUAAUUCUUGAGAAAGCAUAUGCUGGGGCUGCGAAGGCGAAGGUUGUGAGAUUCGACAACAUUGUGGUUGCUAUUGAAGAGUCGAAGGACCUUACGUUGCUGAGCAAGGAUGAGCUUCAAAGUUCCCUAGAAGCACAUGAACAAAGAAUGGACGAGAGAGGAAGCGAUAAAGCAAAGGCGGAAUUAGCUUUGCAAGCUCGUUUCAAUGAAAGGAGUAAAGGUUCGAAAGGGAAAUGGCCUUCGAAAGGGAAGCAAGGCGAUGGUGAACCUAAACAUUCGAAGGGACAAAAGGGUGAGAGCAGCAGCUCAAACGGUUAUGGUGAUCGAAGCAACGCGAGAGGUGGAAAACCAAGAGACAUGAGCAAGGUACAAUGCUGGAAAUGCAGGAAACUUGGGCAUUUUCAAGCAAAGUGUGGUGCUAAACAGCUUGAAACUAAAGGGGAUGAAGCCAAGGUUGCUAGGCAAGAGGUGGAUGAUGAAGCCACACUCUUAAUGAUGAUUACCGAUGAGUGCGAAGGCAUGACAGAGGUGCUGGACAGCAGCUGCAAGUCACGGGACAGCAGCUGCAGCAGUGCAGAAAAAGCGACAGUUUUGAGUUCGGAACAAAAUGUGAUGAUUUCGGUUCGUGAUGGAACUCAAGGCAAAGAGGAGUGGUACUUAGACUCCGGAUGUUCAACGCAUAUGACUGGAAGAAGAGAUUGUAUUGGUCAAUUGCUCGAAAAAGGUUACAAUAUACGAUUGGAAGAUAAGAUCUUGCGGGUUGUUGAUGCUAGUGGAGUGUUGAUCCUAAAGGCUCCCAUGGCUACCAAUAGGACUUUCAAAGUUGAGCUGAAAGUAUUGGAGCAUAGGUGCUUAGCUACAGCUGCAAGUAGAGAGGAGUGGUUAUGGCAUUACCGUCUCGGUCACUUGAAUUUUCGUGAUCUCAAAGCGUUGCAACAAGAAGGUAUGGUUACCGGGCUGCCACACAUUAACAUUCCAGCUGAGUUAUGUGAGGAAUGUAGAAAGGAUGAGGUGUUUGAUGUAUUCAAGAGGUUUAAGUCCAUGGCGGAGAGGCAAUGCGGUCGCAAGUUGAAAGUUCUCAAAACGGACGGUGGAGGUGAGUAUACCUCGGUUGCGUUUGGGAAGUAUUGUGAUGAUGAGGGUAUAGUGCGUGAGGUUGUACCACCCUAUACGCCGCAGCAAAAUGGUAUUGCCGAGAGGAAAAAUCGUUCGAUUAUGAACAUGGUUCGAAGCAUGUUAAGCGGUAAAAGCCUACCGAAGGAACUAUGGGGAGAAGCGGUCUCUACAGCCACAUACUUAUUGAAUCGUUGUCCUACAAAGAAGCUUGAAAAGCUUACACCGGAAGAGGCUUGGUGUGGAUUCAAACCGAAUCUAAGUCAUUUGCGUGUAUUCGGUUCGGUGGCUUAUAAACAUGUGCCGGGACAAUUGAGAAAGAAGUUGGACGAUAAAGGAGAAGAGAUGAUAUUCGUUGGAUAUCACUCUACAGGCGGUUACAAACUGUUCGAUGCGAGAAAUCGGAAGAUUCAAAUUAGUCGAGAUGAAAAACAGAGUCAGAAUUCUGCAGGGAACAGCGUAACCGGUUACAGCCAGGCAGUACAUACAGGCGUAAUCGGUUACGAGCAGAACAGAAUCCCAACUGCUGUAUUUUUUGAUGAUCCAGUCAGUCCCGAAACAGUUCCGCAGCCUCCGAAUGAUGUUCAAACUGAAGGACACCGUAGAAGAUCAACAAGGCAAAGAGUGUUGCCUUCUAGACUCCAAGAAUGUGAGAGAUUCCAAGAUAACGAAGUUAAUAAUGAAGGUGACUUCGUUCAUUUUGCGCUUAUGGCCGAAUCCGAACCGGUGAAUACGGAGGAGGCUCUAAGGGAUCCAAAAUGGAUUUGUGCAAUGAAAGAGGAGCUGGAAUCAAUCGAGAAAAACGGUACUUGGGAGUUAGUUGAUCUACCUCAUGGUAAGAAGCCAAUUGGUGUCCGUUGGGUCUUUAAAGUGAAAGCAAAUCCGAAGGGCGAGAUAAUCAAGUAUAAGGCUCGAUUUGUAGCGAAAGGGUUUUUGCAACGUGAAGGAAUAGACUUUGAGGAGGAGCUUAAUAGUAGUGAGGGUGAGGCUAUUACUCUCCUUGUCGACAAUGUCUCCGCGAUCAACCUUGCGAAGAAUCCAAUUGCACAUGGAAGAAGCAAGCACAUAGAGAUGCGGUUUCAUUACUUGAGGGAGUUAGUGAGCGAUGGAAAGUUACGAUUGGGGUAUUGUCGAAGCGAAGAUCAAGUAGCUGACUUAUUGACCAAGGGUGUGACCAAUGAGGUGUUCAAGAGGCUGAGAAGGAAGCUGAGCAUGGUGGACUUGGACCAACUGAAGUGA